AUGUAUUUCUUACUAUUGACUCUACUAUUUGCUAAAGUAAUUUGUCAGCAAAAUGUAACUGACGCAAUUUAUCCUAUUCAGAAUCCAUGUCUAGCAUUACUCGAUCGUCUCAGCGAUUUAUCAUCGCAGUUUUUAGAAUGUUCAGUAUUGCGUUCUCGACCGUUUAAGAUAUGUGAAGGUUGCAUCGAUUAUUUUGUUCGAUUUAAGGAUUUAACAUCAUUAUUAGAUAAAAGUUAUUCUGAUCCGGAUCGACUUAUUACUUGUCAAGGGUUUUUGGAAAAUUAUGAUUCAAUUCAAAUUGUGGCACAGUUAAUUGCAUUUGUUGAAAAUGUUUGGGCAUCAUCGUUCUGUGAAAAUUGCAUCAAAUAUUAUGCUGAUGUAAAUGGUACAGUUAAAUUUGAAUUUGCCAAUAAUACGUUGAAAUUUUUCAGGAAAAAAGCCUCAUUAGAUAGUUGUGUAUUCAAUGUGACGGGUAUGAAUUACACGCGUUUGAUGUGGAGUAAACAAUUUGGUUGCAAAAGACACGAUCCAGAUUAUAUGGCUGUUAUAGGAAUAUCAUUUUUAAUUCCAACUAUUUCGAUUAUAUUUUAUGUGAGUGCAAUGUUUAAAGGUGAACGACGUUUGAAGAAAUUAUCGAGACAAAAAAGAUUAACGAAAUCAACUGCUGCUGCAAUGAUCGGAGUUAUGAAUUGGAUGUGGUCAAAUCCAGAUGGAUGA